AUUUUAAAUAAUCAUGUUUUGAGCAGUAACGACCUGAGAUUCACACACUUCUUUGUGUGUUUUUUAAGUGUGUUUGGAGCCUGAAUGUUAUACUAACACAGAAGGCAGCAUAUUGUUUGCAUAUACCACAAUCGAUGUAUAGGUAUGUCCAUAAGACACAACAUCCUGUGACUGCUUGGAAACUGCAAAUUCUUUGCAUUUCUGUUUUCAUUUAGACAGUUCACCUAUUGUGCGGGGCGAAGUAAGUGAAGCACAAUAAAUGUCAGACGUGUUUAAUUUCAGUGGACCCUCCUCUGCCAGAGAAUAUUGCCAGGACGCGCUGUACUUUAUCAAACGGCAGUGAUCUCAUUCGCAGAGGGAGCUACAACGGGAGAAUAUCGCACCGUUACUGGCCUUGACUAUAAGGUUGCCUAAGCGAAGGGGCGUAGACUGUAUUUAUCAGAACUUCGGAUACUCUCGGGAAAUGUUAGUGUCCUGGGGUUGUACCCAGUGGGCUGGGCUAUAAAUAGGGGCAGUCAGCAUCUCCAUCGCCGAGCGGCUCGGCAGUGACCCCCCCCUCCCCACCUACCAGGAGCAUCACCUCAUUCCCACCUUCCCCUCUCAUAGGAUCACUGUCCCUGCUGAAGAAUUCCAACGGCUCCUCUUGGCUCACAGCUGCCUUCCAUUUACCCGGACAUUACAACAGCCGUUUGAACUGUGUUGUAUUCGAGCUCUCGCUGUCUGUCGCAUCUCUCUGCAUCCUCUUCCCACACUCCUGCUCCCCGCUACACCAUGACUGACCACAGCAAGGUGGUACCACGCCCGCUCUUCCACCGGGACAUGAACUCGGACCCUUUCCAUGAUUGGGCUCGGCCGAGCCGGAUCUUUGAGCAGGACUUGGGGCUGCCUCCAUUCUUGGAGCCGGGGGACCUUGGCUGGAUCAACUGGGCCCGACGCCGCCUUGCUACGUCAUCCUCGCCGGGGUAUACGCGGACCCCGCUCUUUGCCCCAUCCGGCCUGCCUGGCCCCCAGCACCAACACCAGGUAUCUGGGGGCGUGUCGGAGUUCAGGACCGGGCCCGACUGCUGGAAGAUUGUGCUGGAUGUGAAACACUUCUCACCGGAGGAAAUCACAGUCAAAACCAAGGAGGGCUACCUGGAGAUAGCAGGGAAGCAUGAGGAGAGACAGGAUGAACAUGGAUUCGUCUCCAGAUGCUUCACAAGGAAAUACAAGCUCCCUUCUGGGGCGGACCUUCUGCACAUCAGCUCGUCGCUUUCUGGGGACGGUGUGCUGACUGUGGAAGCCCCGCUGCCUCCCCCAGGUCCCACACUCACGCCGGAGAUCUUCAUUCCCAUCCAGGUGGAAGAGGAAGGAAAAAACAGGGAGAAGGAUCUGAGAGAGAUGAAGCAAGGGUAUUUAGAGGAAACAGCACCCCCUGCUGGUGGGGAGAAGCACUGGGCAAGAGAGGAGAAGCCCCAGUCUGGAGCUACUCCUUAUGCCACUAACCAGUCAGAACAGGAGGAGGUGAAGCUGUAAAUGGGAAACCUGGUUUGGUGCAGUGGACCAGCCUGGCACACCAUCACAACGUGCUUGAUCCAGACCCGCUUUCAACACUGUACAGCCCAAGCCUUGAUAACGCAUGACCCGCACUGAGCAGACGUCUGGGUUAGGGAGGAUUAAUCACGCGACGCAGCAGCUAGUAACCAGUGACCGGCUUUUCUGACUGAAAACGGAGUCGCAUAUCAAAUAUUCAGCAUAAACUAAGUAUAAAUUAACUGAAUGAUGGCUUCUCUAGGAGCUGCCAGGACACUGAUAAAGGCAGUCAGUGUGGCUCCCACCGCUUCUCCUUAGUUAACCUUAAAACCACUUAACCUGUGUUUUGUUCAAAACUCAAAAACGGUCAUCAUUUAGUCAUCUGACUGUUUAUUUAUAUAGAUUUAUAUACCACAAUUAUACGUACCAGUAAAAAAGAACACAAAUUACUUAUAAACUCUAAUAAUCUCAGGAAUAUGGAAGAUGCAUAUUUUACAGUCCAUUUCAUUCAGAUUCCAACAGAAAAGAAAGGUAAUUAUAAUAGGAUGGCUGGUGGGGGUUAGAACCGAGGAUUGUGGGGCCGGUGAGGUCUUUGUCAUUGUCCCACCGUGUGUGAGCUACGCGCGUCCCUGUGUCAAGCCACGGGUGUCUCCUGAGCACUGGGCUCUGACUCUCCACCCUUGGUGCCGACGGCAUCCCUGCUGAAGAGGUAGUAGGGUGGGGUGUGCGGAGCCUCGAUAAUGAGGACGCCCUCGGGGGAGAGGGAGGCGAAGACCGCCAGGGGGUCGACGGUGCCUGGGAUCCUGGGGACAGGAGUGAGAGACAGAGCUUAUGCCAGAAACCCGGCCAAGGCUGUCAGGCUCUGCCUCAGCUGAUUCCACUCAAACCCUCCCCACAGCUUCACUGGUUCACUUACCAAUUAUAUAUAUUUUGUCUACUGAUGCAUAUUCUUCAAAAUAAUAUAACUGAUAUAUUUACUUUCUGAGUAUUAUGUUAAGUAGCUACAGUCUUGAAUAUGUUGUACACUUUUUAAAUGUAAAAAUUAUAACCAUGCCAAUAAACUAUUCAGACACAACUGAA